AUGGCGUACGAUCCCGAGAAAGGCCCUGCCGAGGCCAAGUACCCAUAUGCGGAGCAGAAUUCGCUGGAUGCGAUUCCGGUCGACAACGAUGCUCCCGGUUUGAUGGGCAAGAUGCGCGCACUGGAGGCUAGGAUGGACAACAAACUUGGAAUCGAGUCGGAAGCCAUUGUUCGCAAGCGUGCAGAGGACAAGAGAAAGGUGCACUGGGUUGAGGAGUUGUCAAUGGCGCUGCUGUGGGCCAGCGGUACUAUGAACACGUCCUGCUUCGCGACUGGUUUCCUCGGCUGGGAAUUCGGUCUCAGCCUGAAGCAGUCAAUCCUGAUCACCAUAUUUGCCUCGAUUCUGGCUGCGACCCUUAGCGGAUUCUGCGCGACCUUCGGGGCUGUGACUGGUUUGCGCCAGAUCAGCGUUAGUCGAUACAGCUUUGGUUGGUGGCCCAACAAGCUCGUCGCCCUGCUCAAUGCUAUUCAGCAGAUGGGUUGGGCUGCUGUCUCGUGCAUCACGGGUGGUCUUGCAUUGACUGCGGUCUCCGAUGGCCAUGUCUCGCUGAUUCUCGGUAUCGUCAUUCUGGCGGUUGUGGCGCUCGUCAUCUCUUUCGUCGGAUUGAAGGCUAUCUUGUUUUACGAGCGAUGGGCCUGGAUCGUCUUCUUCGUGAUUUUCAUGAUCAUCUUCGGGCAGACUGGCAAGUAUGCCGACAACUCGGCCCCGGCCACUGCCACUGGAGCCACCUUCGCCGGCGCUGUUCUCAGCUUGAUGGCCAUUGUCUACGGUUCCAGCGCGUCGUGGUGCACAAUGGCCAGUGACUACUAUGUUCACUACCCUGCUGACGUGAAUCGGGUGAAGGUAUUCUUCAUGACCACAUUCGGCAUUGCCAUCCCCACAUCGAUCGGUAUGGUGGCCGGCUGUGUCGUCGCUUCUGCUCUAAACAGCAAACCUGACUGGUCGGGCGCGUACGAGGAGGGUCUCGGCUAUCUUAUUCAAGAGAUGCUCUACCCCCGUGGAUUCGCCAAAUUCCUCCUCACCCUGCUCGUUUUGUCUGGAAUCAAUGUCAACGUGAUCAGUAUCUACAGCUCUGCGAUUUCCUUCCAGCAACUGUCACGACCCUUUGCUCGCGUUCCUCGCUUCAUUUGGACUAUUUUCUGCUUCAUCUGCAUCCUUGCGCUGGCUAUUGGUGGUCGGCAGAAGCUGAACACCUAUCUCCAGGAUUUCUUGAGCUUGCUGGGCUACUGGUGCACCAGCUAUGCCGUGAUUCUGUUUGAGGAACACUAUAUUUUCCGCAAGGGCAAUUUUGACAACUAUGACUUGGAAGGAUGGAAUGACCCGGCUCGUUUGCCCGUGGGUCUAGGUGCCUCGGUGGCCUUUGCACUCGGUGUUGUGGCGUGGUGUGUGGGUAUGGACGAGACUUGGUUUAUUGGACCCCUGGCCAAGUUGAUUGGUGACUAUGGUGGUGAUGUUGCGAAUGAGUUUACGUUUGUGGUAACGGCUUUGACCUACAUGCCGGCACGAUACUUGGAGCUCAAGUACAUUGGACGAUAA